CAAAAAAACUUUCAUAGAAUCUCACUUGGCAAAACGCGACAUUCCGCCUAACUUGAACACAACAUUUGACGAGGAAGCCACCAGGAAACAUCUCGAAACACUGGACAAGGACUUGCUCGAUGAAGUCAAGUGGAUCACUGAUAAGAUGUUUAAAACGAUCCAGCUUCACAACACAAAUAUCUCACCAACCGGCGGUGAAUACAUCCGUCCUUCUACGCCUCGCCAAUAUUCCGCCAUUAAAAGGCCUGAGUUCCAGCGACUACUUCGGUUGCUUACAAUAUAUCCACCAACCGUACAGUGUAAAUUCCAUCGCAUACCGUUCGCCCUCAGCCCACCUAUGCUGCGGAAGCGCCACACUGUACUUAUUCGUUACAUUAAAGCUAACGGAUACUAUCCGCUUGAGCAGUCGAAGGCGAUGCAACUCGGUCUCGAUAAGCAGGAAACAAAACCGCUCGAGGAGACUGGCGGAUCAUCCACCAAGCGUAACCGCUGGGAUUCAUCAGAUUCCGAAUUGGAACCGGCGGUAAACCAGAAGAAGCCACGUCGCAAGGCCAUCAUCAUCAGCGAUGAGGAUGAGCCGUGAUCUCGAACCAUGAGAAGUCAUUUUUUUUUUCAGUAUACUAGGUUUAGUGUUUGGUCUUAGACCAGAAGUGGUACAGGUUUAAAUCCUGCUGGUCAAAUUUUUUUGUUUUUUCUUCUAUAAUAAAAUAAUGGAGAGUGAAUAAUCACAUCGUCCAAUCGAAA